CAUGAUACUUUUGCUUGGCAGGUUUUAAUAUAAUAGCAGGUGUUGACCAUGAAACUGGCUUUGUCUUUGGGGGGAACCGCUUCAAUUGUGGCACUUGGAUGGAUAAAAUGGGAGAGAGUGACAGAGCUCGCAACAAAGGAAUUCCUGCUACUCCAAGAGAUGGCUCUGCUGUGGAGAUUGUUGGCCUGUGCAAGUCGGCUGUUCGGUGGUUGCUGGAUUUAUCUAGGAAAAAUGAAUAUCCGUUCCAUGGCGUCACCAUAAAAAGAUACGGAAGGGAGGAGACUAUCACAUAUGAUGAAUGGAACAGAAAAAUUCAAGGACACUUUGAAAGACUCUUCUUUGUCUCUGAGAACCCUGCAGAUCAAAAUGAAAAACAUCCAAAUCUAGUUCACAAACGUGGGAUUUAUAAAGACAGCUACGGAGCUUCAAGUCCAUGGUGUGAUUACCAACUUAGGCCAAAUUUUACCAUAGCAAUGGUUGUGGCCCCUGAGUUGUUCACACCUGAGAGAGCUUGGAAAGCUCUGAGGAUAGCAGAGGAAAAACUACUUGGUCCAUUGGGCAUGAAAACUUUAGAUCCAGAUGAUAUGGUGUACUGUGGAGUAUAUGAUAAUGCUCUUGACAAUGACAACUAUAAUGUAGCCAGAGGUUUUAAUUACCACCAAGGACCUGAAUGGCUGUGGCCGAUUGGAUAUUUUCUUCGUGCCAAAUUGUACUUCUCAAAGUUGAUUGGUCCAGAGAUAUAUGCAAAAACUGUGGUUAUGAUAAAGAAUGUUCUUUCUCGCCACUAUGUUCACCUUGAAAGAUCAUCCUGGAAAGGGCUUCCAGAAUUGACCAAUGAAAAUGGGCAGUAUUGUCCUUUUAGCUGUGAAACUCAGGCCUGGUCGAUUGGUGUUAUCCUUGAAGUUCUUUAUGACUUGUAGAAGUUUGUUUUGACUGAUUUUCAUGAAACUUCUGUGGUCUUCUCAUCAUGGGGCAUAAAUGAACAUUUUGCUUAUAUAGCAACAGAAAUGUCCUGCUUGCACUAUCACUUAAACUGCAUCCUGACUAGAAAAAAUGCUGAAAGUCACUGGCUCCUAUGCUGACUAAUUAUGUGGGGCUUGUUUAAAUAAGGCCAUAACAAUAAAGUAAAACUGCCAUACACAUUUAAUGCAGAAAGUUCUAGUAAGGAGCAAUUUUAAGAAUAUGCACAAACUUACUUUAGAUAGCUAUGAUUUUUAGACUUAUCAAAUCAAAAUCUUACAUGUAGCAAACUGGAGUGGUUCUUUACUGAGCUGAAUGUAUGAGGAAGAGCGCUCAUGUUUUGUUUUUGUUUCUUUCUUUCUUUCUUUAAGAUUAAAUGGAUGUUUGCAAAUGCACGUUAAAGACUAACCUUUCUGAAUUUGGUAUGCAUUGAGCUAUGGCACCGUACAUUAGUAAAGGCAGACUACUUUGUCUGUUCAACUGCAUUAGUGAUGGGCUUUUUGUACGUGUUCAGUUUGAACACUCCAUCAUGCAAUUACAGAAAGAAGUUUACACAUGUGAACUUUUGCAGUUAUAUAUAUUUUAAAAAUGUUAAACAACUCUUGAGUUAACUCUUAAGAAAUGAUGAGAGAUCCUGUGAUAAUCCACUGAUAAAUUUACAUGCUGUGGGCCAAGCAGCAAACGUUUCUUAAUUUAAAUCUAUUUUUCACUAUAAGAAUAUAAGAAACAUGCAUGUGCAUAAAAUGCACUGCCUGUAUGUCAAAGAUGGCUACAUAUCUUCUGUUACUGAAGAUACAUGGUCACUUCAGUCCUUGAUUCUUAGUAAAAUCCUGACUCUGAAGCAAGUGGAGUUAAGGUCAGUAGGAAAAGAUAUUAACCUACCCCUGGAGAAAAUGACGUUUCUAGACCUCUUUAAAUUUCACCAGUAAGAAUAAGCAAGCUAACUGUAUGUAUAGUUGUUUGGGAAUAGCAUAUAGUGAACAAGUUGCAAAAUACGUAUGUUAUUAAUUAUUUUGACACCUCACUGACUUCUGUUCAUUGUUCCCAGUCUGAGGGGGUGUCUGGCAGAAGUGCAGCUGAAAUUACCAUCUCUCUGGUGAUUAGUGACAAAAACAGGCAGAAGGUGACGCUGCUUCUUGCAUCAUGAAGGAAAAGAGCAAAAGUGAUGAUGUAUUUCUUGCUGUUGAACAACAUUCUGAAAAUAAAAUAUACACAGGAUGUAAUUGGAACAAACUAUUAUAGGAGAAUAUUUUAUCUGUGUUUUAAGUUUGAUUAUGCUGUCUGAAGUAGAGUACAAGUGUGCUGCCUUCAUCAGGGAGAUGAUUCAGAUGGAUUUAAGGGCAAGUUAAUAGACUGAAGAAAAAUGAACUGUAAGAGCUGGCUAUAUUUGCACUUUGAAAGGUUAAUAAACUUAUGAACUCCCUUG